AUGGCAGACCCCCUGGACAAGGAGCUCAAAGCACCUGAUGCUGAAGCUGCCGCUCUUCAACCCACGAAACUUGACCCGAGCGGUGACUCUGAUGAGGAUCGCAUCGAUAAGAAUGAAGAGAAGGACCUUGAUGAAGAAAAGCGAAUCGAUGAUUCCAGCAAGGAUGAAUCAAGAGGCCCUGAACUUCGGGAGGUUAGAACCGCUGCUUCUGCAGCAACAACAGCUACACGCGCAACAACACAACCUGGGCCCCCCGAGAAAAAGCCAUGGCACAAGAACCUGAAUCCCCUUCGAUGGGGCUCAUUACCUCCCGUUCCUCCAGAGCGUAUGGCAAGCAGAGAAUACCAGGCCGGUUUUUUCAGCAUGUUGACCUUUCAAUGGAUGGCACCUUUGAUGACGGCCGGAUAUCGACGUCCCCUUGAGGAAAACGACAUUUGGACGGUCAAUCCAGACCGGGCCGUUGAGCCUCUGACGCUGAAGAUGAAGGAGUCGUUCCAGAAGAGGGUUGAGAGGGGUGACAAGAACCCUCUGUUCUGGGCCAUGCAUGAGACGUUCAAGAUUGAGUUUUGGAUCGGCGGUAUCUGUGCGCUCUAUACCAGCAUUAUCCAGGUCAUCAGUCCCUUUACGCUCCGGUAUCUCAUUCAGUUUGCGGCCGAUGCGUAUGAAGCGAACAAGACUGGCGGGCCUCCUCCUCACAUUGGCAAAGGUAUCGGGUUGGCUAUUGGCAUCACUCUCAUGCAAGUCACCCAGAGUCUGGGAACCAACCACUACAUCUACAGGGGUAUGACUGUCGGCGGCCAGGCCCGAGGUGUCUUGAUCGGGCUCAUCUACGAGAAGUCGAUGGUCAUUUCCGGACGAGCCAAGGCUGGCGGCGCUCUUCAGGGUGACGCUCCAGGGGCAAAGAACGAGGAGAAGGGGCAGGACGAGAAGAAGCCCAAGAAGCCCAAGAAGGGGAAGCCAGACGCCUCUGAUGGUACAGGCUGGGGCAAUGGUCGCAUCACUGCCUUGCAGAGUGUCGAUACCUACCGAAUCGACCAGGCCUCUGCUCUGUUCCACAUGACAUGGACUUCGCCCGUCCUGUGUCUCGUCACCCUCGCCCUUCUCCUUGUCAACAUCACCUACAGCGCCCUGGCUGGUUAUGGUCUGCUCGUUAUUGGAAUGCCCUUCCUUACCAAGGCGAUUCGAAGUCUCUUCCACCGCCGACGGGCCAUCAACAAGAUUACGGAUCAGCGUGUGUCGCUCACACAGGAGAUCCUGCAGUCAGUCCGCUUCGUCAAGUACUUUGGUUGGGAAAAGGCCUUCCUUCAACGCCUCGGCGAGUUCAGAAACAAGGAGAUCUACGCGAUCCAGAUUCUUCUCGCAAUUCGAAAUGCUCUCAACGCCGUGAGCAUGUCUCUGCCCAUCUUCGCCUCCAUGCUGUCCUUCAUCACAUACUCUCUAACCCACCACGGACUUUCGCCCGCCGAGGUUUUCAGCAGUUUGGCCUUGUUCAACUCUCUGCGAAUCCCUCUCAACUUGCUGCCCCUCGUUCUUGGUCAGGUCGUCGAUGCUUGGGGAUCCGUGCAACGUAUCCAGGAGUUUUUGCUUCAAGAGGAGAUGCUCGAGGACAUGACGGUCGACACGACUGGCGACGAUGCGAUCCGACUGGAAGGCGCAUCAUUCACCUGGGAAAAGACUCACUCGAAUGAAUCAGAGGAGGGCAAGAAAGACAAGAAGGGCGCCAACGCCAAGACUCCUCAAGUAGACUCUUCAGGCGACGACACCGCAAGCACAUUGGUGGAGGAGCGAGAACCCUUCAAGCUGCACGACCUUAACUUUGAGGUGAAGCGAAACGAGCUCAUUGCAGUCAUUGGAUCGGUCGGUAGCGGCAAGAGUUCGCUGCUCUCCGCCCUUGCUGGAGAUAUGCGAAAGACGGAGGGUAAUGUGACCUUUGGCGCCUCGAGAGCCUUUUGCCCUCAGUAUGCCUGGAUUCAGAACACGACUCUGCAGAACAACAUUGUGUUUGGAAAGCCCAUGGAUAAGAAUUGGUAUAAUGAGGUUGUUCGAGCGUGUGCCCUCCAGGCCGAUCUGGACAUGCUCCCCAAUGGCGAUCAGACCGAGAUUGGCGAGCGUGGUAUCACCAUCUCCGGAGGUCAGAAGCAGCGCCUCAACAUUGCCCGAGCCAUCUACUUUGACGCCGAUAUUGUACUCAUGGACGAUCCUCUGAGCGCUGUCGACGCCCACGUCGGCCGUCACAUCUUUGACAACGCCAUCCUCGGCCUACUCAAGGACAAGUGCCGUAUUCUCGCCACUCAUCAGCUCUGGGUGCUCAGCCGCUGUGACCGCAUCAUCUGGAUGGAGAACGGCAAGAUCCAAGCCGUCGACACGUUCGACAAGCUCAUGAAGGAGCACCGCGGGUUCCAGGCCCUCAUGGAGACGACCGCCAUCGAGGAGAAGCGCGAGGAGGCCAAGAAGCCCGAUCAGGAGCAGCCUACCGAGGACGAGAAGAAGAGCAAGAAGAAGAAGGGCGGCGCUCUCAUGACGCAGGAGGAAAAGGCUACCUCGAGUGUGCCUUGGUCCGUCUACGGUGCCUAUGUCAAGGCUUCGGGAACCUUUUUCAACGCUCCCCUUGUCAUCUUCCUGCUCAUCCUCUCCCAGGGCGCCAACAUCAUGACUAGUCUGUGGCUGUCAUACUGGACCUCUGACAAGUACGAUCUCUCGACGGGUGUAUACAUCGCCAUCUAUGCAGCUCUCGGUGUCGCGCAAGCCCUCCUCAUGUUCGCCUUCUCCGUCGUGCUGUCCAUCCUGGGCACAAAGUCUAGUAAGGUGAUGCUCAGGAUCGCCGUGACGCGGGUGCUACGUGCUCCCAUGUCAUUCUUCGACACGACGCCCCUCGGCCGCAUCACCAACCGCUUCUCGCGUGACGUGGAUGUCAUGGACAACAACCUUUCAGACGCUAUCCGAAUGUUCUUCCUCACCAUGGGCAUGAUCACAUCCGUCUUCAUCCUCAUCAUCGCCUUCUACUACUACUUUGUCAUCGCCCUUGUACCGCUCUAUACCAUGUUCGUCCUGGCUGCCGUCUACUAUCGUGCCUCGGCCCGUGAGGUGAAGCGAUACGAGUCUGUCCUGAGAUCCCACGUCUUUGCCAAGUUCGGCGAGGGUCUCACUGGCGUUGCUUCCAUCAGGGCCUAUGGGCUUCAGGAUCGCUUCAUCCGAGAGCUAAGACAGUCCAUCGACGAUAUGAACGGUGCCUACUACAUCACCUUUGCCAACCAGCGAUGGCUCUCAAUCCGCAUUGAUCUCAUCGGUACUCUCCUGGUCUUUGUCACUGCCAUCCUCGUUGUCACAUCGCGAUUCUCCAUCAACCCUUCCACCGGCGGUCUUGUCCUCAGUUACAUCCUGUCCAUCGUCGGCAUGAUGCAGUUCUCUGUCCGUCAGCUUGCCGAGGUCGAGAACGCCAUGAACGCCGUGGAGCGUCUCUACUACUACGGCACCGAGCUCGAGGAGGAGGCUCCUCUUCACACGGUCGAAGUCCGCAAGUCGUGGCCCGAAAAGGGUGAGAUCAUCUUUGACAAUGUCGAGAUGCGGUACCGCGCCGGUCUCCCGCUCGUGCUCUCGGGACUGUCCAUGCAUGUCCAGGGCGGCGAGCGUAUUGGCAUCGUUGGCAGGACUGGUGCUGGUAAGAGUUCCAUCAUGAGUACCCUCUUUCGACUUGUCGAGAUCUCAGGUGGUAAGAUCACCAUCGAUGGACUUGACAUCUCUACAAUCGGUCUCCACGACCUGCGCUCUCGUCUCGCCAUCAUCCCACAGGAUCCAACUCUCUUCCGUGGAACAGUCCGUAGCAACCUCGAUCCCUUCCAUGAACACACCGACCUCGAACUCUGGUCCGCUCUCCGUCAAGCCGAUCUCGUCUCCGCGGACGCUGCAUCCCCUGAGGAAGCUCGACGCAACCACGAUCCCUCGCGCAUCCACCUCGACACGACAGUCGAAGAGGAUGGCCUCAACUUUUCGCUCGGACAGCGCCAGCUCAUGGCUCUCGCCCGUGCUCUCGUCCGUGGCGCGCAGAUCAUCGUGUGCGAUGAAGCAACAUCCUCGGUCGACAUGGAGACGGAUGACAAGAUCCAAGCCACCAUGGCGACAGGUUUCCACGGCAAGACACUUCUGUGCAUCGCCCAUCGCCUGCGCACCAUCAUCGGCUACGACCGCAUCUGCGUCAUGGAUGCCGGCCGCAUCGCUGAGCUAGACACGCCACUAGCCUUGUGGAAGAAGGGUGGUAUCUUCCGUGGCAUGUGUGACCGGAGCGGUAUCCGGGUAGAGGAUAUUCACGGCGCAAGGGAGGAGUUGGGAGGGUUGGUAGGAGAGAGGAGUGGGCAGUAG